AUGAUCCCUGCUAUCAAGAAUGCUGGAACAGGCGCGUGGAGAAAUCCAGCCUCUCUAGAACACACAACAGUAUUUGAUCAUAAGGUUGCUGCAAAGACCGCUGAGGAUUUAUUAAGCAAACAUUCGGAGCAGCCAGUAAAGAAACAACCAAGAACUCUAGCGUCUAACAAAACAGAUCAGUUAUUUGGUGAAGAUGGUAAGUCCUAAACAUAUUUGUUUCAUUUUUCCCCCCUGUGAUAAUUGUUAAAAAAAGAAUCCUGAGCUCGAGGCUGUUUGUCAAAAGUUCAGGAGCUCAUUGGUUUGCGAUAAAGAUUGAAAUUUUCUUUGAAGAAAAGAAGAAAAAAACAUGCCCUUCAAUUUACUUAAACGGGGUAGAAGUAUCGGGAAAACACACUUUCUAAGACACAAAAUUAGGUGAUCGUGGGCAAAACAUCAAAACAUAGACAGCGUUUUUAUGGGAGAAAAAUCUGGAGUUAGAAAACUGGCCGCUUAAUACAUAACCGCUCAAGGAAUAGAUCCAAGGAAUAGAUAAAAAGUUACUGAAGGGAAAAAGUUUCUAGCAAUUAAAUGGUUCUGAAAAAUCAAAAAACCCGCCAACCUUUGGGUUGGUGGCAUUAACCCCUUCCCCUUGCUCUCCCCUGGGAUAGGCUAAUUUAACACGAAUUGACCUUCAUCUUUUUUAAGUUGGUGGAUUUUUUUUAUAAGAUAUCGUCUAGUCCCGCAACAGAGUACUAAAAGAUAGACGGAACUUAUGAAGAGAACCAGGUAGUAGACUCAUAGGCCUUUAGAGGAAAUCUCUGACUUCCGAUUCUUCAAGGGUGAAGGUGAAUAAUCUCUGAGCGUUGUACAGGCUAUAUCAUUUCAACACUAAUUUCUUACAUUCCACGCUUUUGUUUUUCUAUAACUACACAGAAAACCCGAUUUCGUCAAGAGCAGAUGAAGGAAAAACUCAACUCCCCAAACAGAAAGAAGCUUCUAGAGAGGUCAAGGAAAACCAGGCCCAGAAACAUCGUAAGUAAACACAGACGAAACGCAUAGAGAGAACAAGGUAAUAGGUUCAUUGGCCGUGAGAGGAAAUCCAUCCCUCUGACACGGCUUCCGACACUUCAGGCUUAAAGUUAGAUAAUUUUCUUAGCGUGGAUCAGGCUAUCUAUUUCAACACCAAUUUCUCUCAUUACCUUUUAUUUCUAUACCCACACAGACAUUCCGAUUUCGUCAAAAGCUGAUGAAGGAAAAUCUCAACUCCCCCAAAAGGAAGAAGUUCCUAGUGAGGUCAAGGAAAACCAGGCCCAGAAAAAUCUUAAGUUAACGCCUUCUGCCAUGUACGCCUUUAACAGCAUCUUUAGUAGCUCCCUUGGAACAUGAUCCGCUAAGUUCAGUAAUCUGCUCCGAAUUUCGAGAUGUCUGUGGAUUCCAUCAAAAUCAAAAAUGUGACAAAUCAAAUGAAAGCUACCAAGCAAAACUAUUUGAUGUGAUGCUAUAUAUUAUGCAGUACCAGAAACUCAUAAGGGGUUGAACCCCUCAUGGGUUUCUGGCAGUACCAAAUUGUUAUACUAUUUGUGUCUGUGUGUGAAAUCCUAAAAUAACGUAAAGUUCUGAUUAGUAAAUAGAUUCCUGCUCCUGAGUAAAUCCUGAAAAUAACCAUCCCCGGAAAGAAUGGCGAUCGAUUCUUUUCUUUCGUUCUUAUCAGCAGAAACUGGAAGAAACGCUUUCGCGCUUACACCGACAAAUGAAUGCAAACAAUACAAACUUUUCUCUUCCUUACUUAAACUAGGCUCUGGAUCUUUAAUACGUAAUAUUAUGUUGCGCGGCUAAUCCCAACUUUGCUAGGUUUAUUUGUUUUUUGUCGUUAACUGUAUUUCAGAGUGGUAAAAUACUGUCUCUAAUUGCCUCUCUUUUUAAAUCACUCGCACACUACUUUCUGUAACCAGGAAUUAAACUAACAUAGAAAAACAAGAGUAAACUUUAGCCUCUUCUUAUUUUGUCAUAAAUAUGGGAAACUUUCUAGUGAUUUCAACAAGCAGAUUUAUUGGUUGGGACUACUGUUUCUGCCAGGCAAUCGAAAAGCUGAAUACUCGCUUAACAGAGAAAAUUCUUCUCUUUUAGUUUCAGGAGAUGAAGACCUGGAAAAUCAAAGGAAGCCAUUUGGCGUUCCAGAUGAAAUUGCCAGAGUAUUAGAGGAACACCUCGAGAAAAAUGAAGCUGACACUGAUGAAAAAAUUUGGCCUAUCAUUUGGGAUUUUGCUGGACAGGACAUCUAUCGUGCUAUACAUCCGAUCUUUAUGUCCUCACAUGACAUUUAUCUCCUCGUGUUUGAUCUUACAAAGAAAUUGAGCGAAAAAGCAGAAUGUCGAGUCAAUGUGGGACACAAAGAGCUCAUUGCAACAGCCCGCGAUAGCGAGGACACCAAUUUGGAUCACUUACUUAGGUGGAUGGACUUGAUUCACUCUUUAAAGACGAACUUUCAGAGCGAUGGGCUUUCGUAUCCUCCAGUCAUACUUGUCGGUACCCAUGCUGACUCUGUAGACGAUCCACGUCAAGCAAUUGAAUCUGUACUAGAAGAGAAGUGUUCAAGUGUGUUCGAUGAAUACACUUAUUUACCACACAUCGCUGAUUGUCUUCCGAUUGAUAACACAAAAUCUGGAAAGUCAGUCGACCAGGAGGAAAUCAGUGAGUUGCGAAAAAAGAUCUUGGAGUUGGCUGAUAAAAUGCCUCAUACCAAAAUGGAAAUCCCUUUGCAAUGGCAUCGUGUCGAGAAAGAAAUUAGAAAACCUGUCUGGCAAAAGCAAAAGUACCUCCAAAAGGAAUAUUUUCGAAAAGAUAUUGUUUCACAGCACUGCACUUUUAAGAGUGAAGACGACUUUGACGAGCUUGUGUAUUUUUUGCAUGGCCGUGGAACAAUAGUGUACCAUGAACACGAACAGGAUAAACAGAAAUUUGGUCUGAUUGUCUUAGAUCCCCAGUGGUUAAUCAGUGUACUCUGUGAGAUUAUCAAAGUGGAACCAGAUCAGAAGGAACCUUUGUAUAUAAGACAAGAUCGCAAGAAAUUAGCAAAAGAAGGAGUUCUUCGUGAGCGGUUGAUUGAUUAUACCUGCAACAAAGAAAGUGUGUAUCCUAUUAAAGACUCUUUUAUUUCUUUAAUGGAUAAGUUCAACCUCAUUUGCAAGUGGCCAGAAAAAACAGAAGAAACUAAAACAGGAGAAUCCAAAAUCCUGGUCCCUUGUAUGCUGACUACCUAUUAUAAAGAAGAGGGAAAAAAUGAAACAGAUUACGCUUCAGCGAUAUACCUCACAUUUCAAACUAAAUAUGUUCCAAGUGGACUUUUCUGCCGACUGGUUGUCCUUUUUGGGAAAACUCCUCACUUUAAUAAUAUGCGUAGCCUUUGCGCUAAUGAAGCCAAAAUUGCCUUGGACAAUGAAAACCAUGUUCUUCAAUUGUUGUGCUACAAGGCAGUUAUUAAGCUGCAAAUUUUUGCAGAUCAUGGCAGUACACCUCCACAAGGGCUUUAUGAUCUUGUUUUGAGGUAAGCACUCAUGACUAAAUGAUAAAUCCAUUCCUGGUAGCUUUGUGUACACGAGGUAUGUAUCUCCUGUUAAGUCCAGUGUUGAAUCCCCCUUUAGUGAUCACAACAAUAGUGAAUUCUGUGAAAGAUCCCUUAGAUGAAGGAGCUUUCUUUUCAGUUCAAUUCAGUUAGGACCAGUUUACUUAACAUACGAGUCCUUCAAGUGAUUCAGAUAGAAGCUAAACUGCUGUUUUCCAAGCUUCCCUUCAACUGUUAAACAUCUUUUCUUUUUUUGUAGCCAGUUGAAUGAAUUCUUGAAAAAGCUACGAAAGGAGUGUCACUGGCUGCAUUUAAUGUCUGAGACGUUGUGCGCUCGAUGCAUAGUUUGUAUCGGUAAAAAGGCAGAGCCCUGCGCGCGGCACGAAAAAAGUUCAUGUUGGCACCAUGACUGUGGCCAUUACAUACCUUUGGACGGUAGAAUCCUCUGUUGUGAGCCGGGUCAAAUGCUGGAAAAGGAACCGCUCGUACCUUGGAUUAGGGCCAAUGAACACGUGUCAAAGGUGCGUUAUGUACUUUCUAGUAGCAGUACCAUUGCUACGGCCAUGUAACUGAGAGGUUAGGGAGAGAGGAUUCUCUCCUACUCCCCUCUCUCACUCUGCAGGGACGGGUAGGAGAGAACCCUGGGAACGAAUUUGCUAGUUUUCACGUUCAAAAAAUAUCAGAACAUAAUCGGUAUAAACUUAAGUGUUAAAAAAAUUAUCUGAAAUCUUUUUUUUUGCACAAGAAGUGGUGCUGGUGGGGUAACAUGUCUCCAGAUAUGCAGGCACAUUUUGCAGCAUUUGACGGGUGCCAAUUAAGAGCAAUUUCGUUUUAUCAGGGUUGUUUAGAAGGCUAUUUUGACAGCUCCACGAGAAAAAUCUUUCUUCAGGUCUUCGGUUAUUUGUCGAGUUGCAGUGUCGAUGGCCUUGAUUGGGAAUGUUAGAUGUAACUUGGAAUCAUCUACGUAGGAUUCUAAGGAGCAAUAAUCUGGAAUGCCAGGCAAAUCCUUGAUGUACACAUUAUAUAAGGCCGGUCCCAGAGUGGAUCCUUGUAGAACUCCCUGUGUAGAUUUACGCAUUCCGGACAUUUCAGAACCAACUCGUCGGUACUGCUGGCGAUCAUGUAUAUUCGCCUGUUUUGGGAGAACAAAGAAAACAACAUUCAAACAAAAAGAAGAAGAAGCAUAAUAGGAUAGAAUAAAUUGAGACGGAAAUUUUUUAUGAAAAAAAAUGUAUAUAUAUAAAAGUUUUGAUCGUCAAAGAAAGGGAUAAAUAAAUAAAAAUAUGGAGUUUUGGUGUCAAAACGUUUUUUUCCAAAAUCGUGCUUGCGUGAUCGGCGUUUGCACCGCAAAAACGUGAUGCAACUUUUAUAUUAUUAACUAGCUAUUGACUGUUGGAUUGUAAUGUUGCUGUGAAUAAUUGUAGUUUUGCCUCCUAAAAUUAAUAUUUGAAAUUACUGUCCUGAUCUUCGUUAAAACAAUAUUUGUAAUUCUUUUAUUAUUAUUAUUAUUAUUAUUAUUAUUAUUAUUAUUAUUAUUAUUAUUAUUAUUAUCAUUUUCGUCCAUAACCCAAUAACAUGCAGUCAAUGCACCAGUGGUCCAUAAACUGUAGCGUAAUUUUCUCUCCCCCCCCCCCCCCCCAACAAAAAGGGGGGGUGUAAAAAUUGUGCAUGUAUAGUUGGGCCCAAAUCAAGGUCCGGUUUUUUUUAUUUUAAAUAAAAGGAGAAUUUGGGUUCGUUGGGGAGUCUCUUCUUUUAAGUUGUUUGUGUUUUUGGGUGUUUUUAUUUUUAUUUUUUCAAAACUUUACAUUUCUAAAUUUUUUUGUUAAGAUAAUGAAUAUUUUUAUACAUUUAUUUACUUUUUUAUAUAUUUUUUUAUUUGCUUUUGUCCAUGAGCUAACAAACACUUGCCUAUUCACCAGGGGUACUUAUUUAAUUUAUGUAUUUCUUCCCCCCCCCCCCCCCCCAACAAAAAGGGGGGAUGUUAAACUUGUGCAUGUAUAGCUGAGUCCAAAUCCAGGUUCGGUUUGUAUUAAUUUAAAUAACAGGAGACUUUGAGCUCGUUGGAGAGUCUCUUCAUUUCAGAUGAUUGUGUUUGUGGGAUAUUAUAAUCUUAAUUUACCAAAACCUUACUCAAACGGUAAAUGAAAGGCUUCAAAUGUUAAGUAGGGAUUUGAAAAUUUCUUUGUCAGUGCUUAAAAUGUAUAAGGUAAAGUUGAUUGCUUUUAUUAGGAGUAUUUAAACAGAAGCUUCGCUUUUAGCCCGGGCAAAAUCCAUAUAUUAUUUCUUUUUCUAAUCAAGAACUCAACUGCCGAGAAUUCAUCCAUUUGUCUUUGUAAGCGAACUGGAGUCAUAGCGACAGUUUCAAUAAUUCCAAUUCGCUUGUAAUUUAUUUUUACAGUAACGUUUUCGUUGCAGUUGCAGCACAGGCGGCCCAAACUCACGUUACGAGGGAAGGGUGUAAUGUAAUUUACAUACCCGGCAUAGGUGACGCGCCGGUGUCGCGUUACAGACGACCGUUGAAAAUAUAAGAGACUUUGUAUGAGAAAUAUAUUACUGAGAUCUGCGAACGCUAAAUAACGCUAAACCUUACUUUUUCUUAAACGAAAUGAAUAAAAAAGACUUACCUGCAAUGCACUCCUCUGCGUUUCGGUGUCUGUUUGUCGUUUUACUGUUUUUUUUGGCUUUAUUGCGUAACCACUGUUCCUCCUUUCAUAGACACCUACACGAUGGACCUACACUUUUAGGUAUAUCGAACUAGCAUUAAAAAAAGGUGGUAUUUUUUUCUUUGCAGAGUUUAAAUCUUUCCAGCACACGCUCAGAGUCGCAUGAUGAAUCCUGGUCUUUACAAGGUAAGCCGCAAUGUCCGUCGACAAAACGUGAAUCGGAUCAACCCUUGUAA